AAGCUUUACAAGAUGGGAUCGGUCCAGCAAGCAUCUCAUACAGACGAUACAGGCGGCCAUCCAGUUAGCUAAAGGCCGUGUACUUUAUUCAAACAAAAUCUCCAAAAGGCUGGUUGCAACAUAGACCCUCUCAAGAUUCCUGCUCCACUCGUCCAUUAUGAAGCUUUACUAUAUAAGUGUAUGGAAGAAUGAGGAUAAGGAUAAAACCUUAGAACUCGCAUCGGAAACCGACCUAUCGAGCUUCAGUCGUUUCACCAGGGGCACCGUCAAUGAAUUCUUGAUGUUAUUCGCGACGAAAGUCGCUGCAGGCACACGACCAGGCUCAGGGAGGACAACCCUCAAGGAGGAAGCGUACUCUUUCCACGUUUUACCCCUUGCCGAAGGCUUAUGUGGCUUGAUCGCUACGGACCACGAGUAUCCCGAGCGUGUUGCGCAGAGUCUUCUCACCAAGAUCACCUACGAUUUCAAAGCGCAGUACCCUCGAUCGGCAUACAUCAAUGCUACAGAGGCAAAGAGCCUACCAUUCCCCGAGUUGAAGGAAUAUUUAACCAAGUUCCAAGACCCGGAGUCUGCAGAUAACCUCUCCAAGAUUCAAAAAGAACUUCAAGAAACUAAGACUGUGUUGCACAAGACCAUCGAAAGCGUGCUUGAGCGUGGAGAAAAGAUUGACAGCCUCGUUGCGAAGAGUGACAACCUUAGCGCGCAAAGCAAGAUGUUUUAUACUCAGGCAAAGAAGCAAAACUCUUGCUGUGUUGUCAUGUAAACAUUAAUUCUGAUGGACUAUGAUUCACUUUGGCGUUUUGUAUCUGAAUAACGAUCCCGUUUCCGCUACGCAUUUGCAUACCCAUUAAGUACACCGAUCGACACGUUAAGUGGACCUGAUAUGAGUUUUGACUAGUUGGAAAUAUCGCAAUAUAUUGUUGCAGACAUGGAUACGGAAGAGUUACCUUUCUUCCGCACUUCGAAAUUAUCUCUUUUAUCCAGCUUCUGGGUUUCUUCUGAGCUAUCCUCUGGCGUGAUACAUAGUGAGGCUAUGUCCACACCCGUUCAUAUUGUCUCCUUCAG